AUGGGUACUAUACCAUGUCUUCCUUCGCGUAAAAGGGAGGAAAUCAAAUUUAGAUCACAGAUGAUUGAAUUAAAAGGUCAACGAGAUGAAUUAGAGAGUUACAAAAGUACUUUAAACGCCAGAAUAGCGUGUUUGACGACACUAUCAGUUCAAUAUGCUAAGGAAAAUGAUCGGAAACACGCUCUCUUUACUCUUCGGAAAAGAGCAUUAAUACAGAGGCAAGUUGCAAUUAUGGAUGAGUUUUUGAUUAAAAUACUAACUGUAAUCUCUGACACAGAAACUGCCAUGGUUCAGUUGAAUGUGCUUAAACACAUUGAAAUAGGCGCAAAACUGAUCAAAGCUAUUUCUAGUGAGAUAAAAAACAAGGACUAUGACUCACUGAUGGAGAUUGAGUCAGAAUGUAUGGAUAAUAUCGCAAAUGCAAUGGGAAUGUAUACCUCGAAAUAUUGCAAGGUUGGUGAUGAUGAUUUGCUUAAGGAGUUGGAUACGCUUACAUCACCAGAAAAUGUCACAGAAAUACAUAUUCCAGUGGAAGCAGUUACACCUUUUAGUCAUGCAAAAGAUAACGGAUCAAAAAAUACAGAAUUAGAAGUUAAUAGGAAUACAGUUUUAGAAAAUUUAAAAGAACCAGUAGUAAUAUAA